AUGGCCGCCACAGUACCACAGCUGCGAAAAGAUCCCGAGGCGCCUCCAAUCGCACCGCGGCUAAACGAGCACCAGUUGAACGUCGAUGACCCUACCGUCCCAUUCCUUUCCCGUGACGACCCCGCUGACGUCAUCUUGACCCCGUCCGACGUCGUCUCCUCACCUCCUGACGUCAUCCUAUCGCUUCCCAACGACGAAGAACCUGUCGCUUUUUCGUCGCAGGCUCCUCCAGGCGACGAUCUGCCGUCGCACGAGGAGGCUUCGCAAGGCGACAUCGCCGUGUCGCCGAGCGACGAUCUCCUGUCGCCCGCGCUGCCAUCGUUCCAUCCGGAGGCCUUCCCCGCUCUCCUUCCGCAUAGCUCUGCGCCCGUAUUCCCUCAUGUUCCGCCAUCCCUCGCUCCACCUUUCUCCCCAGAUUCGUCGGGCCCGCAGCACGCGGAGCCCGCCGUUCUUCCGCGGACUCCUCCGCGCGCUGGACCUGCCUCCCCGUCCCCGCAAGUUUCCCCCUCUCCCUACGUUCCGCGCGGCUAUCUCCCGCUCUCCCCAAACGUCUCCGUGCCAAGGGAAUUGAGCCACGGAGACAGGUUGAGAGACAACGAGGGGCUGAAGGGUGUGGAGUGUGUAAGGAGGAUGGAGAGGAGAGGGGGAAAGCCUGUGAUUGGUCGAUGCACAACAGCAGGAAUGGGGGAAGAUGGAGAGAGGGAGGAGAGGGAGGAUGGAACUAGGGAAAAUUGUGAAGAGAGGAGAGAGGAGGGGAGGGAGAAAGGGACUGCUGCUGUUGUAAGAGGCGGAGAGGGAGGGGGGGAGGUGGCUGAGUCAGAAGGGUGGUGUGCCACGUCAUCAACGUCAUCCGUGCUUGUGGGUGGGGAGGAGGAGUGUUGUGAAGGAGAGGAGUGUGAGGGACAUGCAGAAGCAGAGGAGAUGCGAGAAAGGGACAGCAAAGGUCGGGUGGAAGGGAAGAGUGAGGACGGAGAGUAUGGUCGUGAGGGGAGUGCAGAGGAGGAGGGGCAGCGAGAGGCGGUGGGGCAAGGAUGUAGGGGAGGAGAGAAGAAGGGGAGAGAGGGUAGGAGUGUUGCUGGCAGCAGCAGAAAGAGGAGGAGCGGAGGGAUGAGGGAGAGCAGAGGAAUGAGGGAGAUCAGAGGGUGCAGAGCAGAGGGGGCCGGCGCAGCAGAUGUAGGGAUCAAGCAAGAAGCAGAUGUAGGGAUCAAGCAAGAAGGAGAUGUAGGGAUCAAGCAAGAAGCAGAUGUAGGGAUCAAGCAAGAAGGAGAUGUAGGGAUCAAGCAAGAAGGAGAUGUAGGGAUCAAGCAAGAAGGAGAUGGCGUGGCUUCACAAGGGCAGAACGCUGCAGUGGCAGCAGCGCAAGCAGGCCGACUGAUGGGGCCGCAUGGGGUGGCUUCACAAGGGCCGGAGGGCGAAGGUGCAGUGACAACAGUGCAAGCAGGCCGGGUGGCGGGGACUGAUGGUGUGGUAGCGUCAACUGGGGCAUGGGUGCCGCCUGUGUCUCCCUUCGGCCUCAUUCAGGAGCGCCUGUAUCGUGACCCUUGGAGACUGCUGGUUGCCUGCAUGCUGCUAAACAAGACGGCUGGCAGGCAGCUCCAUAAAGUGAUUUGGGACCUCUUCCGCCUCAUCCCCACUCCAGAGGCAGCCAUCGCAGCAUCGACGGCUGAGAUCGCGCGCACCAUCCAGUCCCUUGGGCUGCACAACAAGCGCGCCGCCAUGAUCCAACGGUUCUCAGAGGAGUUCCUGAGGGGCGAUUGGACGGACGUGAGGCAGCUGCACGGCAUUGGCAAGUAUGCAGCGGACGCGCAUGCCAUAUUCUGUGAGGGCAGGUGGAGGGAGGUGAGACCGGACGAUCACAUGCUGAACAAGUACUGGGACUGGCUCAAACGCACCGACGGGCUUGGCCUUGCCUUCACCGACAACUGA